AUGAAAUUUACUGGAUCCAAUGGAAUUCUGUUAGGGUUACUUGCGUGCGAGUUUGCCGUUGCUUAUAAGCCAGUUAUUGAACCUAAGGAGAAGCUUACGACCACCGAGCAGCCCAAGCCAUGGAUUCGAACUAUUUAUGAGUCUCAGGUGGAGAUUGUGACUCCAACUAUCAUCGAUGGUGUUACUUUCAGUGCGAAGCCUGAAACUCCAGAGAACCCAUUGAAACCUUGGGUUUCUUUGAAGAAUAACGGUAAAGCCGUGACAAUCAAGCCGGAAUUGAAGAAUGGUAUCACGAAAAAGGCUAGACCAGAUUAUUCUACUUACUUCAUGGAUGUCACAACAAAGACGUACAGUUAUGAAGACUUGAAGGCACACAAUAUGAAGGAAGAUGAAGUACACGAGGAGGAAAUUUUUAUUCCGGAAGACGGUACCUAUGUGAACUUGAACCCAAUUAUCAGAUGUGUUCCAGAUCGUUACUUUGAAAAGGGUAAAGCUAAGAACGACAAAAGUGCACCAUUCUGCACUCCUCAUGAAAACAACGAAUUGAAAGUUGAUAACACUUAUUUCCUCACAUGGUACACGCGCUUCUUCUUGGAUCCAAACACAAACAAGUACGCUGACAAGGUCAAAAUUCAUUUAACUUAUGUCGCUGAAGAUCCUUAUGAAAAGGGUUACCAUAACAAGAAGAGAACCGAUGAGUCUACCGAGGACGGCACGACAUUCUUUUCAAGUGAAUGGCUAGAUAAUGUCGACGGUGUUUUCCCAUUGGUUCCUCAAGUUGACUGGUUAGCCGGUACAUUUGAGAGAAAGAUCAUGAUCUCCAUUCAACCUAACUACAUCACUGAUGCUGACUUUUCUUUAUUCGAAAAUGGUUUGUUUGUUUACAUUAUUCAAGGUUCUCGUGUUUUCAAGCAAUCAAAGGAACAAAGAGAGUUGGAACAAGCUGGUUUACACGGUAAGAAAUGGUAUUACAUUGCCAUCUCCAUUCCAUCUGCCGUUCUUGUUUCUGUUUUCUGUAUGUACCUCUUCAUCAGAAUCAAUAAAGGUUACAGAGAUUUCUCUAACGUCACUGCUAAGGCUUUAAAAAAGAAGCAUCGUGUCAUUGGUAACAUUUCUGAAAUGAGUAAAUACAAAAACUUAAAGAACCGUAAAUAUAGCGAGCUACCAACUUACAGUACUAGAAAAUCAGAUUAA